GACUAUCUCUCUGAUGUCAAUUUCAGGUACAACAUCAAAUGUCACAUAAAUGAUUGUUGAUAGACUAGUGGAGAACUGUUACAGUGUUUUCAUUGCAAUCGAUGACAAUUACCAGUGAAUUGGACGUUAACUGUCCUCAAUAAUACCUGUGAUUUAACUCCAGCAGAAUAUUCAAGCUUUUCUUUAUAAUGCAGGAUUCUUGAAGCGUAACACAGGGCAAUCUCACUGGAUUAUAUGACACCGUGCAGAUGAACUCUUUAGCAGUGACAAGCGAUAAUGAACAAAAUUCCAGUUUUCAUCGUUUUACUGAUCGGGACUGUAGGUUCUACUUACCACGAUGAUGUGUAUCAGCUAUCCAAAAAACUACUUGAUGGCUACAACAAUAUGAUCAGAGGGAGCGAGAAUUUGUCGCGGAGAACUUAUAUCGCAUUUAUGUUUAAUAUCAUAAAGAUUGCUGAAUACGACGAAGUGAACGGAAAACUCGCCGUAGUCGGCUUCUUCUUCUUGCAGUGGGAGGAUUAUCGAAUGAAAUGGAACCCAGAUCACCACAAUGGCACUAACAAUGUUAUGUUUGAGACUAAAGACGUCUGGGUACCAAAUAUUAUUCUCACCACUUCUCAUAGCGACUUCCGGAAACUCGGUACCGACGAUGUACCCGUUAGGUACGAUUCCCAAGGGAAAUCCUACUGGUACCCGGCGGAUGUGUUCUCGUCUUCUUGUACGCCAAACAUUUACUAUUAUCCAUAUGACACUCAAAUCUGCAGCAUUUAUUUCAGUUCGUGGGGAUACGGUAUACAAGAAGUGGGAUUUUACUCCAUUCGUGACGAUGUCAACACUUACGUGUAUGACGAACAUGGAUUAUGGAACCUUACCGACACUUCCGCAUUUGUUCAUGAAGACAGUACAAAUCAGAUUAACGCUAUGGUUAUCCAACUGACAUUGACCAGAAUGCCAACGUUUUAUCUCAUCAAUAUGAUUCUCCCAAUCAUUGUCAUUGGUUUAUUAAACAUUCUUGUUUUUCUCCUGCCCGCGGAAUCUGGUGAAAGAGUUGGUUACUCUAUUACAGUGCUUCUCGCCAUAGCAGUGUUUCAGACAAUAGCUUCUGACAAACUGCCACAUGUCUCCCGUCCCCAGAUUUCUCUACUGUGCAUUAAACUGCUUAUAGACCUCGUUCUGAGCGUUCUAGUGACUACAUUAACAAUUGUUUCCCUGUAUUUUUACGACAUGCCAGACUCGAGAAAAGUACCUGUAUAUCUUCAAGCCAUCUGUGGCCUGAUUUUAUGCAAGAAAUGUUCUCCGAACAAAAGCGAAGAUAAAUAUGAUAACGAAGAAACGUACAAGGUCUAUAAAAUUGUAAAUGGUAAGCAAAUGACGACUUCGAUUUCUCUGAGUGACGUCAGAAAGGCAGAGAAAACUGAUGUCAUCAAUUGGACAGAUGUUGGAAGAUGUAGCGACAUUGUUUUUGCUACUUUCUCGUUGCUAGCGUUUAUUGCCUCAAAUGUAGCAUUUGUUGUACUUGUGAUAGUAAAAUAGUAAAUUGUUGCUGUAAA